CAGUUGAGGAUGCAGGCAACAACGGUCCCCUGGAGCGUCCCAUGCGCCGUCCCUCCCAUGCACAUGGAGCAUGGACACUUCUUCUACAUUUCGACAGAGGGCCAUGCAGAAAUGGCGAUGCAAGUCAUGCAGUGAACAACUCAAAGUCCACAACUACAUUUCGCAGCCCACCUAGGGAGGGAGAUGACAAAUGCAUCCAGCCAGAGAGAUGCAUUGAAUCAGAAUGAGAACCACUCCCCCAUUCCCUCUGCUGCCCCUGUCUCAGCCGCCUCCUGGCCCUCCUGUUCAGCUGCCUGCUCGCGCGCCUGGGUGCCGGCUGCUGCUCCUGCUGCCGCGGCUGUAGCUGUGGCCAUCAUAGUGGUGCGGACGGCCAGGGGUUUGGCUUCAAUAAAUGGGUCCACGGGUUCGUCUCGGGACUUGCGUCGUUCCUCUUCUUUGAGCCCGGCCACAUUCUUGAGUGCUUGCCUCUUGCGCGCGAUCUCUUCUUCCUCCUGUGCCUUGAACUUGCCCUUCCUCUCCCACUCCCUCUGCUGCUUCUCCUCUCGCUUCUUAGUGCUGAUGCGCUCGAGCUUCUCCUCGCGAGUCACAUGCAUGUCCCUGUCCAGUGCCUCCUUCAUCUUGGAUAGAACAAGGCUUGUGUUGCCCGUCUCGCGCAUCAUCUGCCACACCACGCACAGCACAAAGACGAAUGCAAGGUAAGAGAACGGAUCGUAUAUCGUGUCUGGUUACUUACUUGCAGCUCCUCAUAGCCCUUUGGCAAUUCCUCUUCUUCCUUGACUGAAGGCUCCUCGGGCACAAUUUUGAGAGACUUGCCCCGCUGCAGAUUUCGUUGUGAGUCCGUCUGCCUUGACGUGAAGAUGGAUGGCAGGAGGAAUUUGGGCGAGGAGCCGGUCCUCGUGGGUGAGGAUCCGACACUGCUGAUGGGGCUGCCGCCCAGAGUGCGAUUGCGCUCUCUCAUGGCCUCCUUCUUUAGCUUCAUGAUAUCCGACUUGGGCAAGAGACCCGCCUGAGACAUGAAUACAAGACUCAGAAUCGGUGCCAAUCUGCCGUCUUUUCUGCCGUUGUGUCGUUGCAUCACCUUCAGCUUCCAGAGGUCUUCAGGCCUUGCCCUGGCCAGCGCCCUCUCGAGCGCCUUUUGCUCAUAUGCCAUCAUCUCAGCUUGCCAGCCCUCCUCAUCAGCCUCGAGAGACGCCCUGCGAUCUAUCCCCCCCAUACGAACAAUCGCCUGCACGGCGAUGAUGCUCGCCCUCAGUUUCCUCCGGCGAGCCUUCUGCUCCUCCGUCAAGCUCUCACUCCGUCGUUUCUUCCAAUCUUCGUACUGAUACAAAACGGCAGAAGAGUAAGCAGAUAUGGAGGAAGAAGAGGGCUUGUGCACGGCGGACCUCUGCAAGUUGUUCGAGUCUCUGCUCUGUCUUGUCGAGCUUCUUGUCCUGCAUGUAUGGAGACAUGACAGCGACAGGACGACAUGCAGGCAGGCCCAUGUCUCUUUCGCCUCACCGCGACGACCCCAGUAAAAUUAGCCAGCUUGGGCAGCAUGAGGAAUAUGCCAUCAAAGCGGUCAGAGCGUGUGCUCCACCACAGCAGCAGGGCCGUGGCGGCUAUCAUGAUGAUAGGCGUGAUGAUGAACCGCUGCCCUAGGCCCAAAACACCGCUGAUGAGCCAGUCAAUCACCUGCUGCUGGUCCACCGUGACGACAAACAUGAAAAGGUAGAAGAUGCAGAAUAGCUGAAAGGCGACCGCGAUGAUGACACCAGCCACAUGCUUGCGGUGCCACGUCCGCAUGAUGGCCACUUUCUGCUCGACGGUCUUGCGAUCAUAAUAAACCUGCACCCAAUCGAGACAUGGAUGAGCUCUCUUGAUCGCCUGAUCGCUCUUGCUCCUGUGCGCUGCGCACCUUCUUCAAAAACAGCUGAGCAAGAAGGAUGCUCAUAAAAGCACUAAGGCAUAUGGAGAAAACUGCACACAGACAUGUUGCAAUCGCGUUCCCGUGAUGUCUGCUUUGCAAGUUACUUACUUCCCACCCAAACCGUUCUGAACGUCACCCGGACCUGCAGGAGCACGAAGGUGCGGCACAGAUGCCAUGUCUCGUCUCGCCUGGCCGGUGAUGCAUACCUACCUGCACUUCCUGGCCUGAGGGGUCGGCCGCCGCGUCCACAUCAGUGGCACCAAAGAAGAAAGCGGAGAGGAAAAUCGAACAGGUUAGAGUGGUGGUCAGGACGAGACAUCUCUGGAGGCACGUGAUGUGUGGCCGAAUGACAUAGAGGCCGACCACAGGAUGGUCCCGCUUGAACACAUUCAUCAUGAUCUGACGCGGCGACCAGCUGCAAAGUGAUCGCCGACAUGCACACACUGCUGUUGCUCGUUAAUGGCGGCUGCUGACUUGUCUGUCAAGUACCUUUUGUGGUCUCUACUUGUGACCUCUUUCUUGAGCCGCGUCCGAGUGGUGGGCGACAGAUUCCCCUUGGACGCCUUGCCCGUCUCAGCGUCAGUGGGCGAUCCCCCGGACGACUCGGCAGAGCUGGAAGAGCCCGACUCUUCUCCCGCACUCCGCUCACCCUCAGGCCGCCUGAUGGAAAGCGCGGAUUUUGAUGAGUUGACUACACUCGUCGUGGAUAUGUCAUCCUUACCUCAUGGUCCCGUUGUCAGCAUCGGUUGUGCGCUCUGAGGCCAUGACGUGGUCUUUCGAAGGAAACACAGCCCCCUCAACACGCAACGGGCUGCCGCGAUCGCGUAACUCCUCGUCUAUCUCCAUGUGCAGAGCUGUAGGCUGCGGCGGUCUGUCUUGGUCCACGUCGUUUUGAAAUUUGGUCUUCGACGGCACGCCCGGCAGUGGUGGGAGCUUGAACCUGUCCUCUUUCGACACGUCCACUGCACCAUUCGCCUUUGGUUUCCGGGCUGAUGGCUCCUCCUCGGGCUCGGGACGCUUGGUGCCGUCGGUAAUACUGUCGGCGCGCAAAACAGUCGCCUGUGACCUGGCGAAAGGCAGGAAAUGGGUGCAUUAUUCAGCUUCCACCGAUCGGUGGUUGUCCUGCACCUUCGCUUCCGCAGCAGCUGCACGAGGGCCGAGUAUUUCUGCAUCCCUCGGGCGAAGAAUCCCUUUUUCUUGGCAGGCUUGUCUUCGUCUUCCGUUGCCUGUUCGGGGCUUGGUGCCUCUUUUAUCGCCACGUCGACCUUCUUUUUGCGCUUCUUCUUUCUGCCGCCGAUGUCUUCCUGUGGGCCCUCCGGCCGGAUCUCAGCCUACGAUGAACAGUCGAGACCGAAAGGUUAGGCUGUUGUCUUUCGCUGCCAUUUCUACCUCGGUGUACAUGAAGGAGAACAGGAUGAUGAAGGUCAUCGCAAAGAUGCCUGCACACGCAGCCAGUCAUUCACUUCAAUGGUCGUCAGGAGACACACGCGCCCACCAGGGUUCUUUGGCUUCCAUCCACGCGGCAUGAGAUCCAUGAACAUCAGCUUCACCAACUUUUCCUCUGAAUAGCCAAAGCGGGCAUCUGCAGGGGCGGACACAAACUAUCAAGCUAUGCCGUCCGUAUGCACUCUUUUCUCUUUAAUCGGCUGACCGACGAAUAUCGCGUUGACAUUGAUGCUGACGACGAGGGCGAUCAGGAAAGCCAAGAAGUAGAUGCCGUAUGUAGUAAAGGAUAUCUUGGACAGCUGGUUGAAGUUCGUCAACACCUGCGCAACACGAAGACAAGCAACCAUGUUUGCUUCUUGUGAAUCUUUUCCUCUCCCUCGAAUUGGGUACAUCGUAGUUUGAUUCUGUGAGAACGUUUCUGCCCUCCUCAAUGAAAGCCCCGAAGGACGUCAGGUGGGUGCACAGGCACACCACACAUGUGCUAUCAUCGGUCUGAUUCAGCACGCUGCAGCCCUCAUCCGUCCACUCGCCGCCCGCAUAGUAUCUGAAUACACGAGAGAAUAAGGGAGGCAUCCCUGGCCAAGGAAUGAAUGGCUUGUCUGUUGACCUGCAUCCAGUCUUUGGUUCGGCAAAGCGUUUCUUGAGAGCUUCUGUGUCUGAUGCUUCUGGCGGCUCAAACUCACGCGGCUGCGCACACAGCCGAAACACAAAGCCGUCAUCCAGGCCACGGAUGCUGCGCGACUACGAGGGGUUCAGCAUAUGGGGUUCAGCAUAUGGCAGAGUUUCUUGCAUCGCUAUUCCUUCUCGUCUGACCUCUUGCUUCGAUCCAUCCACUAGCGAAGGAGUCAGGAUGUCGAACGACUUGACUCCCGACUGGAGGGCCGGGUCACCCCGCUGCAGCAACCGCUCCUCUCCCUGCAGCCCCCUCAGCCUUCUCUCAUACUGGUCUUGCAGCUGCAGUCUCCGCGCUGUGUCGAUAUUGGUCAGGAAGGGGUCGAAAGAGUAAUCCUGAUUCAGACAAGAGAAGCCCAAGGCACGCACCUGCGAGCCCUCAACGUGACCGCUGAAGUAGGCAUUCAGGUUCUGACCCAAAACACCGACGCAGAAAGAAUGUCAGUCAGUGUGUCUGCUUCCCUUCUCACUCACCUCAGCUGGCAGCUCCACGCCUCCAGGACAUGUGAGUCUCACAACAGGAGCAUCAGCCUCGUCGGCGUCAUCAUCGGUCAGGUCGGGUGACGGCGUGCUGUCAGACGGAGGUGGAGUGGACGCACCUUGAAGCGACCGCUGUGUCGCCCCGAGAGCCCUCCGGCGUCUACUUGUCUCGCUCUGGAAGAGGUCGUAGCUGACACGCUGACCUCCAAGGGCAAUCAUCGGGCUGUUGAACUCACUCGCCUCCCCCGUGUCUCCAUCCAGCUGUUCGACGGCCGUCUGUCCGAGGCCGAAGGCCAGGCUGCGUGCGGUCGUGACGAACGGGGUGGGAUUGGACACCUCGUCGUCUUCUCCCGUCUGCAGUCUUCUGCGUCUUCUUGCCUCGUAGGUCUGGAAGCUCUCGACCGAUUCCUCCACUGUGUUCUGGAUGACCGACAAGAUCGAGCUGCCAGACUUCUCCCGAAACUUUUCACUCGAGGCACGCUGCGAGCCGAGGAGGGAAGAAGUGAUGUCUUGGGCAGAUUCCAGCUGGACAGGUCCGAGGGAGACGGUCUCGCCUUCAUCAGUGAGAAGCCGGCCAUUGAGAGAGCUGGCGGGGCAGUUCUCGGGCAUUGUUCCGGUUGUUUCGGCAGGUGCGUUGCGAGAGCUGUUGGUGAUCUGUAGGAGCGCCGAGCCCUGCAGGAAGGAGAAGACAUGAAGCCAGUGCGUCAUGUGUGUCGAGCGACUAAGUCUGUGCCUCAUUCUCGCCUGUUGGUCCACUGCGUCUGCCGAGAUAUCUGUGCCCUGCUGGCUCGAGUCCAGUGCAUCGAGUAGCCCACUCUGCAGCGACCUCACCUCUCCCUUUACCGUCCCAUUGCAGCCUUCACCGAUGCUCGCGGCAGCCAAACCAACGAUAGAUGUCACCGCGGCGCUGUCAGCAUACUUUCGCUCGGAUGUCACUAGUCGCUGCAGGUUCGUCGGAGGCAGAGCAGUAGCGUCCACAGUGAUGUUAAUAAUCGCGUAAGAGACGGCACCCAGGCUGUCUCGCACCCAUCCGAUGAUGAAGAGGGGGUCGCCGCUCCGCAGCUUGGUCCUCAUGGUGUGGCUGACCGACCAAGGGCCGAGCAGCUGAUGGUUGGGGUCAUUCACGUCCACAGUGGCAGGUAGUUGAUAAGUCGCCUGACUGUCUGUGUCGUUGAGCAGGAGUGAGGCGAACCGAUAGUGAAGUGGCGUGUCGUCAUCUUGCCACCCUGACUGAGUCAGGGUAAACUCUGUCAGCAGCUGAGUCCCGUUGGAAGGCGAGCACGUCACCACACCGAGUGCCGGCGGUGCAUUCACAUACAUCUGAAAAUAAACACGACAGCAUGAAGACCCUCUUUUGUAUGUAUUCAUGUCUCGCGUGUGUCUCAAGGACCUCGUUUGAGUCGACAGUCAUGACAGCCCCACCGCCCUCGAGCAUCAUGGUGAAUGUGUACCUCCUGUUCGCCUGCAACACGCCCUCCUCCGGCCGGAUGAUGGCCACAAAGGCCACCUCCAUUACUCCAUGCACACCAACAGGGUAGGGCGGUGCCUCCAUCUCCCCCGCCACCACACUCUCAUCCUCGUCGUUGAGCAGAAACUGCACGGCCGUGUCCUCUGGCAGCGCGGAGCAUUCACCAUCUUUCGACAACCGCAAGAACGCGCGAAGAGUCAGCAUCUGGUCUGUGGGAAAGCGGUCCGUCAGGUACUCAAACUCGGCAGUGGGAAUCACCGGCAGGCUGGUGUCAAUCGCAUCGUCGAUCGUCACCUCUGCCUGGGCCUCCGCUUCAAAAAUUGGAUCAAUGGCUGUGUCGAGGUCCGGAUCGUCCCAUUUAUAGAACACCCGCACGAUGAAGACGUACACAGACCCAGGAGUGGGCAAGUAAGCCGCUGGGAAGAUCAGUUUUGGCUGAGAGAAGUCGAGGAUGUUGGACUCGACAAGGGACGCGUAGGUCGUGCCAUCCCGCGCGCGGCAUACGUCAGCUGUAUUGUCGUCUGGGUCGAGCAUGCACAGAGUUGAGUUAUUGAUCGGUGAAGCGGUGGCAACAUUUUCCUCAGGCGGCAGGAUUACUUGCACUCUUUUGCCGUCUUCUGGAGUGCUGGCCACAUGGCACCUGCAGUGCAGAACAGGAACAAAAACAGACCCGUACACCACGUGUCUCUUUUUUCUUACGUCCACUCGAACUGGAGUCUGGGGGCAUAAUCAGGCUUUGGCUGAGCGAUGCUGUAAGUGGGGUCGCGAGACCUCGACGCAUCAAGCAGUAACGGACACCUACACAGACCAGCAAGUCAUUGCCAGAAGCCGUAGUCUCUCUGCAUCAAUUCUCUUUUGCGGCGACAACCGCAUUCACCGUGGGUCAGCGUUGAUCCUAGGGGGAGAGAGUACGGCGAUGGGUUUCUGGGGCUCCCUCACUCUGACUUCAAAGGUCACUUGCGAGAACGGGGUGUCACUGGUUGGAUAAUACUUGGCAUCCUCCUCUUGGCGAAUGGCGUGCCACGAGGGGCCCUUGGUAGUCCGCUGCUUGUGCGUCAUCUGAGGCAUGGCGUCAACAUCGAUGGUCACGGAGGGAGGGGCAAUGGUGCUGCCGUUGGUCCCGGUGGGAGGCAGUGUGGUGGCGGGAAGUAUGACGUUCAAAUCGUCACCAGUGCUGUUUGAUGGCUGCAGAGCACGUCUCGAUGUGAAAAGGCCACCACGUAUGCUCGACGCGAGGGAACUGAGCCACUGGAGCUGCGGCUUGCUCCUCGAUUCCAGACCAUGUUUCUCCUUUUCCGUUCUCCUUUCCAGUCGCCGUCGCCUCACCCUCUCAGAAACAGUCUCCGUCUCGCGAGUGCGGUAGAAGGCGAUGACAUCGAAGGUGUAGUUGUGGGAAGCCUUGACAGAGUUGGGCGGGAUGCGGAAAGACGCUGGUGACUGGCUGAGAGCCUUAGUUACCAAAUGACAUCCAUGGCACAACUCUGCAGGAUGGAUGCUGUGAGCCUGCCUCUUUGCCUGUCUCUGUGCUGGUGUGUACCUUCAAUGCGUCCACGUCAAGUGCAUGGCGCCACUGCUCGAGCUCUUGUGUGCGCUGUCGCCACUUGUAGACGGUCUCCACGUCGUCUGUGCGGGCCACAGCGCAAUUCUCGACUGCUCCGCCGAUCGGCUUGGCACCCAGCAGGGCGUCCUGCCGCACACGAAGAGAGAGCUGCGACUGCGCACGUGAGGUGAUGACGGGCAAGUCUUGAAGUACGAAGCGGAUCGUGACGUCUUGCACUGACGAACAUCAGAUACACAGUGGUUGGGCCUGCCUCCCUCCCUGCGCGCUUCUCAUCUACCAGCUGUCAGGUUGAGAAAAUUCUGCACCGUGACUCGGAUAAUGAAAGGGUCGGACUCGAUGGCCUUGCCGGCUGCGUCUCUUCUGCUGGAGGAGAGACCGCCUCUCGGGUCGUGGAGAAGAAUGCGGGUGGUUGUGUUGCUCUCAAGAAUGAGGGCCUGGUAGAGAGGAUCGUUUUUCAGCUGGAGAUCCGGAUCAAGCUGCGAAAGAGAGAAACAGUCAACCAAGGUUGUAUUCACAUCGUAGCAUUGCUUCACUUACGCCGAUCCCCACGUCGCCAGCGCCAAUGUGGGUCAGGUCCCAUCUGCCGUCGAUGCAGCAACAAGCGACUACGCCCAUGCCGACGUAGCCCACACUCUUGCAAGUUCGGUCGGGCGUCGAUAUGCACGUCGUGUUCUCGAUGCACGUCAGCUCAUCAGGAAUGGCCAUCGGGGGAGGCUCAAGAUCGCUCGGCAGCAGCUGGAAGUUCGGCUGGUUGGUGAACCCCUCCAGCAAGCUGUUGAUGUAGCUCUUGAGCCGCUCCCCUCCAGGCGAUGAGACAGCUUCGUAUUUGAUGGUGAGUGGCCUGCCUCCCCCUCCUUCGGCCCUCACAGCCACCGACAGCGAGAUGCAGGGAGUCGUGACGGAUGGGGCAAUCACCUCAAUCGUGGGAGGGAUGAGGACAGACUCCUUCGGCCGGUCGAGCAUCGUUGAAAUAUCACCAGUCGCCUUCGGUGCAUACCUGCUGUCCAGGCCGCUUUGAAUAAGCUGCAGGCGUCUCACGCUGCUCUUGAUGCCCCACGGAUACCUCCUGGCCACCAGCGGCUCUCUGUCGACCAACAAACCCCUCUCUCUCGUCACAGAUUGGGUCAGUCGCCGCCAGUGCGAUCGGUGAGAGGCCGUGAGCCGUCUGCGAGACUCAAGAAACUUCAUCAUGUCGCUCGACUGAGCGGUGCCGGUGAUGACGUUGCCCUUGAGACCGAUUUGCUGGCCGACGCGGACUUUGCUUGUGCGCCCCGGCGACACUGCCAGCUGUGAUGGGCGGGCCCACAGGCACUCAGCGUCGCUCCCGACUCGAGCGUACGUCUCGUCAUCCAACAAGUGCAGGCACGUCUCUCUGAGGGCCUGAGUUUGAGACUUGCCGUUGCCCUGUGGGACGCGCGCACGGUUGGUGGGAACGUCGAAGUCGAUGUAGAAAAUGGUGAAGCUGCUGUGGAGGUAGGCGUCGAUAACCUGACAGACAGGAUGAAGACAAUGCGACUAUUCGAAUCCCUUCCUGGCCGCCUUGGUUACUUUGGGUGCUUCGAGUGGCAGGCAGUAGUGCGUCGUGGUGAGCUCGGCUCGCACUUCGGCACACGAGCGGAAGACGGGCAUGCCACACAUCUCCGCAAAGCACGUGAGUGACAUGUCGCCGGGCACAGAGGGGUCGUCGCAGUUGAAGAGAGAGGCGCUGUACGGCUGCAGACUCUCCUGCAAGGAGUCUUCGCACAGCGGAGAACAAACCGAGGGGCCGUCCUGGAUGGAAUAGUCAGCGCCCCCAGCUGGCCUUGGUGGAAUCAAUUGUUCAACACAUUGCCAGCUAGGCUGCGAAUCGACCAACAGGAAGGAACGGAAAUGGGUUGGCGUCCCAGCUGCUUUUACAUCUCUUUCACCACUCACCUCGAUCUGGCAUUGCGAAUUGCAUCCGUCGCCAGACUUUUUGUUGUUGUCAUCGCAGACUUCGGUCGCAUUUUCUCCGUCAACCUUCGCGCCGAUCACCAUCAUCCCAUCGCCACAAUCCCUUUAGCAGCAUGAAACACGUCCACGACCGUCUCUAACUCAUACAUAUCUUUCUUACUUACGGGGCGCAUUCGGACGGCAGGCCGACACACCGCCAGCCCUCCUCGACCUGACACUUGCUACUGCAACCUGCCACAGAGAGAAUGGAAGUAACACAUAUCAUGGUGUCCCUUUCCCUGUGUGUAGCCGUCUGCACAUACCGUCACCCGAUUCGGCGUUACCAUCUGAAGCAGCGCAGGAGGAUGCAUCAAAGAGACAAACAGGUAGAGACACAGAUACAGAGGCAGACACACGUAUGUGUCCUGUUUGUAGGUACCAUCGCACUGUUCGCCCUCGACCAUAAACGAGUCCCCACAUAUCGGAAACACACCCCGCUGGAUGCUGAAACCCCAACCUGGAACAAAUAGAGGUAAUCACAUUUGUCCCCGUAUGUCACCAGGCUCCCUUUAGUUACCUCUCUCAAGAGUGCAGUCGCCUGCACACCUGACGAACAGGCAGAGAGACGCGCCCAU